GCGCCUUACAUCAAACCAAUAUCAGUCGGUCCGUAAAAAAGGAAAAAGAAAGGGGGGAGAUUGCAAGCAACAGAGCCGAAAUCUUCCCGAGUCUUUACCUCAUCUUGUGCCAUUAUGAUCACGGGAAGACAUGAGCAUUAUGGAUCGGCCUCUCGCCUAACAGUGGCGGCGCACUUGUGCGGGGUCCUCUCCAUUGUUCUCAUGCUGGUCUGGUUGCUCCACUAUCGUGAGGGCAUGGAAUUUGAUUCCGACAACGCGUUGCGAGUUUUCAAUGUUCACCCUUUCCUUAUGGUAUUUGGGUUCAUUUUCUUCAGCGGUGAAGCGAUGAUGGCGUACAAGACAGUAGCCGCGGAGUGGCAGGUCCGCAAGGUCACGCACAUGUUCCUCCAUAUCAUCGCGUUUAUCCUCGGAGUCGUAGGCCUUUGCGCGGUUUUCAAGUUCCACAACAUGCAGGAGAUAGAGGACAUGAACAGCCUCCACUCCUGGAUCGGCAUCGGCACCAUCUCCUUGUUCGGAUGUCAGUGGCUACUCGGUCUCUUCACCUUCAUGAUUGGCGCCACGUCGAGGGAGGCCAGAUCGAGAAUGGCGCCAUGGCACAUAACUGGAGGGAGAAUCAUUCUGUUCAUGGCGGUAUGCACGGCCUUGACCGGGUUGAUGCAGAAGGCUGUAUUCUUAGAACUCAAGCACGAGAGAGAAGCGCGGUUGGUCAAUUUCAUUGCCGUCUUCAUCCUCCUCUUUGGCAUCUUCGUCGAUGCCUCGGUCUCUCUCGCUCACUACGUGUGAUUCGAGCGAUCUCUAUAUACAUAUACAGCUUCUUCUUUCUUGAAUCAUUGGCUUUUCUUUUCCCCCUUGUUGAAAGUGUGAUCUUAUUGAUACUGAUUGUAUGUACUAGUGUCUCUUUAUCAUAAUUUAUCUGUCAUUUCGGUUUCUA